UGGAAACGCACAACAGACCGGGGAGACAAAGGAUGAAACACAGAGGGAAGAAUGUGGGAACAGAUGCAAGGUGUGCCGUCCCCCCCUCCUAUCAUUAUCACCAUCAUCGCUCCCACGCCCACUCCUUCCACGCUCCCACCUACGACCGUCCCGCUCACGAACGUCCUACCUACAACCGUCCCUCCUACAGCCGUCCUUCCCACGACCGCCCUUCCUUCGAUCGCCCGACCUUUGACCGCCCUUCCUUCGAUCGCCCGACCUUUGACCACCCGUCCUUCGACCGCCCGUCCUUCGACCGCCCGCCCUUUGACCGCCCAUCCUUUGAUCGUCCUUCCUUCGAUCGCCCAUCCUACAGCCGUCCCUCGCACGAACGCCCCAUCUACGACCGCCCAUCACACGAUCGUCCACCUCAGGACCGUUGGAACCCCCGUCUUCGCGUGAGCACCGGAAAUCAGCUCUACAUGUUGGACCAGGAAGAGGUACACCCUUUGCUGAUGCGCGAGAGGCGCUCAGAGUCUCACAGGAACAAGCUGCUGCGGCGGACAGUCAGCGUUCCUGUUGAGGGAAGGCACCAUCCCGAGAUGGAUCAUCGCGCCCGGCGGAAGAGCAUAGCCACCGGGAAGCAGCCCAGCAUGGAGGUCCCUCCCACUGCCCCCCUUCAACCCUUCCGACAAUCCGUGAGUAACCCCCACUGUUCCCGGCCUCGCUCGCUGCCUCCAUCCCUCUCGCUGUCCCUCCUCCCUCCUCCCGCCCUGGGUCCACCGCACACCUGUGGCCGUCGGGCCAGCGGCACCCCGCCUCACCCUUACCCUCUCUCCCUGGCCGUCUCCCCCUCCCUCGCCUUUUGCCAGCAGCAGCCGCAGCAGCAAAAGGGCUUCAAGAAAGGUUCCGGCACGCCCCCCUUGCCCCGCUCGCUGCCCCUCUCCCCCUCCCUGUCCUUCACCCUGCCUCACUCGCCUGCCGCCUCCUCCUCCUCCCCCCCCUUCUUGUACUGGGGCGGAGACUGGAGGGCUGCCGGUUCGAGUCCAGUGGCGGGAGGAGCAUAUAUUGCACCACUGCCCCCUGUUGAGGUAUGUGACACAAACAUGGCCGAAGCAGAGACACUGGCUAUUUUUGCACGCUACACCGACACUCAUACAGCCCUGCAACAGGCUGAUGACCUGUACAGGGUGUGCGCCAUCUCUCGUCCAAUCACAGCUGGGAUAAGCCCCAGUCCCCCUUCUAAGCGACCUUUAAUAAAAGAGCCUCCUCACUCUCCUCACUCUCACGACUCUCGCUCUCCCAGGACCCGUUUGAUGCAGAGCUUCAAAGAGUCCCACUCCCAUGAGUCCCUGCUUUCUCCCAGCAGUGCCGCUGAGGCCCUGGACCUCACUCUGGACGAGGACGCUAUCAUCAAACCUGUGCACUCGAGCAUCCUGGGACAGGAGUACUGCUUUGAGGUGACUACGGCAUCGGGAACCAAGUGCUUUGCGUGUCGCUCAGCUGCAGAGAGAGACAAAUGGAUCGAGAACCUGCAGAGAGCUGUCAAGCCCAACAAGUUUGACAUUUACAACUUUCAGAUUAGUUUUCUAAAAUCUUUCUCUGCAGAACUGAAAGUCAAUGUUUCUUUACCACAGCUAAUAUGUUUGUUUUUGCUUUUCACGUCUAAGGAAAAGAGCACAUACUUAGGACUCGUAAGCAUCCCCAUCUCAAGCAUCACUGGACGUCAGUUUGUGGAGCAGUGGUACCCGGUCAUCCAGCCCAGCGUUCUCACCAAGGGAGCUGGUGUCGGAGGAGGGAAGAUCAUCAAUGCAUCACUACGCCUCAAAUCCCGCUUUCAGACCAUGAACAUCCUGCCCAUGGAGCUGUAUAAGGAGUUUGCAGAGUAUGUCACUAAUAACUACCGCACCCUGUGUGCUGUGCUGGAGCCUGUGCUGAGUGUCAAGAGCAAAGAGGAAGUGGCCUGUGCUCUGGUGCAUAUACUUCAGAGCACAGGGAAAGCUAAGGAUUUUCUAUCGGACAUGGCAAUGUGUGAGGUAGACAGAUUCAUCGACCGAGAACACCUUAUCUUCAGAGAGAACACUCUGGCCACCAAAGCCAUAGAAGAGUACCUCAAACUGAUUGGACAUAAGUACCUUAAGGAUGCUAUAGCUCAGCACAAGUCUGUUGGCGGUGAGAUCAAGAAGCAGCUCUCCUCAAAAGGCGAGAAAUACGACUUCCUGAGAGGAAGCAACGAGCUCGAUAUGUUGUUAUCGUUGGAUGCCAUCAUCAAACUGGGUCCUUUGCCUCGUCUCCUGAAUGACAUCAGCAUGGCCUUGCGUAACCCACACCUCCAGAGGCAGCCCAGCCAUCAGACAGACAGAGAGCCCGGGAGACAGUCGGACAGGCUGCUGUCACGGCCCAGCUUCAGCAGGGGCAUCUCAUCUGAGUUCCAAAAUCUCAUGAUGAGGGAUCUUAAUAGCUCUAUAGAUAUCACCCGUUUGCCUUCCCCUACAUCCACCGGAGGGGUCAUGCCAUCUCGUACCCAGAUGAGUUUUCAGGACCGUGACCAUCCUCAUCGAGCAUCCUCCAAAGACAUGUUUUACGUAUCACGCCCUCCCCUGGCCCGAUCCAGCCCAGCGUACUGCACGAGCAGCUCGGAUAUCACAGAACCUGAUCCUAAGGUGCUCAGUGUCAAUAAAAGCGUAUCUAUGAUGGACCUCCAGGAUUCCCGAAUGAACAGCGUGUCUAACCUGCAGUCGGUGGACAUGCUCAACUCCUCCCAGGCCUCCAUCGCCGGUAUGGGCAGCUUCGGCGGGCUGAGCAGCGGAGGCGGUGGCGGCCUGGGGUCGGGCCUGAGCAGCCAGCUGCGGGCCGGUGGGAGGUUGUCAGCUGGCUCCGGCGGCUCCAGCAUGUCCGGUGGCCUCCGGCUGAGCCAGCUGAGCCAGAUGGGCACCACCACCGACUCGCUAUCCCAGCAGCAGCAACAGCAGGCCGCCGCCAUGCGCUACCCGCUUUCCUUCCAGAAUCCCCUCUUUCAUCUGGCGACUGCUGAUGGGCCUCAACAGCAACAGCUCCAUCACCAGCACAGCCGGGCUCAACCCCCCGCACCCCUUCUCCUGGCCCCAGAGCCCGAACCCUCUCACCAGUCCUACAUCCCACAGUUCGCCCAUGGAGGGUUCUCUCGCAGUGAGGAUCUGUCCACCCUCAGGACCAGGGACGGUCACCUGGGACAACCCAGCAUCAUCCACUCACAUAGCUACAGUGACGACUACAGCAGGGCUGACUAUGGACGCAGGCAGAUGUCCAUGCAUAUGCAGGAUAAUCUCCAACAGCAACAAAUGAUGGGCAUGGCCUCCCAGACGGGAACCUCCCAUUCCUCCCUGGCCACCACACCUCCCUCCACAGUCCAACCUAUGCGCCAGAGUUCUGUUGCUCCGCCUCCCACCCAGCGUGUCAAAUCCCAGACCUCCCAUCAGCUGUCCGUCAGCGCAGCUGCUGCACCCUCUGCUCCUGCAAAAACUAGGCCGCAAAGCGGAAACCUUCUCCAGUCGCCGGAAUCCGGCUACGGCAGGCAGCACGGGCCCCGGCAGCUCUCCGUCAAAGACAACACUGCCCCGGGCCUGCCCCACCAGCAGAGCUCUGUCAGGGAAAGCCAGAGUCCGCAGGGAACCACCAGUCAGAGCACUCAACAGUCACCACAGCAGCAGCCUCAGCAACAGCAGCACCUGCUCAAACCCACGAUGAGCAAACAGGGCUCCCAGACUCCGUCUACCCUCAAUCCCCCAACGCCAGCCAAUGAGCGGACGGUGGCCUGGGUCUCCAACAUGCCUCAUCUGUCCGCUGACAUUGAAAGUUCUCGGAUUGACCGUGAGGAAUUCAAACUUAAGGAGUACUCAAAAAGCAUGGAUGAGUCACGCAUGGAUAGGGUACGGGAGUACGAGGAGGAGAUCAACUCCCUGAAGGAGCGCUUGAUGAUGUCCCACAAAAAGCUGGAGGAGUAUGAACGGAGGCUCCUCACGCAGGAGCAGCAGACCAACAAGAUCCUCCUACAGUACCAGAAUCGUCUCGAGGACAGUGAGAGGAGGCUACGGCAGCAGCAAGUGGAGAAAGACUCCCAAAUUAAAGGAAUAAUUAGCAGACUCAUGGCUGUGGAGGAUGAGAUAAGAGGAGGAGCCAUCCUUGAGCCAAAAACCAGGAUUUUCGCUGAUCAGGGGAGGCGUCAGUCCAUCCUAGUGCAGCCCCGUCUUGCGCCUGUCCCACCCCGAGUAACCAGCCACUCUCAAAGCUUCAUCGAGGACAAUGUGGAACCUAAUUGGCUGAUGCACCAUCGGCAGUCUGCAGGGUGGCAUGGCCAAAUGUCCAGAGCCCUCUCUCGUGACGCGAUUGGCUGACAAAGGGAGAACUUGGGGCACUGGUCCCAUUCUCUUUGCUCAAAGGAUGGUGCAGAGCCCCAGCGGACCAUGUAAGGAAAUGCUGGGUUUUUUUUGGCUUUUUUGUUUUCACUUUACUGGGCCCUCUCUCUCUGAUUUGAUAACAGGAUUAUUAUUUUUUUUUAAUAUGUUUGAUGCCUCAUGGUUGGAUCUACAUUUGACUUACAAACAAAAGGUAGGCUGGACAGAUAUUGUUGUUGUCAGCCUGCCGAGCAUGCAAAGAACAGCUAUGCAGUCUGAUCAAUCAGCAGAACGGAGGAACACAAAAGCCAAGGAAGGCGCGAUGCUCAAAGUGAGAGAGAGGGGUGGGUAAGAUGUAUUUCAAAGGUGCUUGACUUCUCUUAAAAUUUUCAGUCCAAGCUGAUUUGCUUUCAUAGCAUUUAUUUGCCUCUCUCUCUCUAUCUAUCUCUCUUGUAGUCUUUUCAAAUUACCCCUUGAUUCCUCUUCAUCUAUUCACUCUUUAUGCAUCUAGGAUUUUAAAAAACCAUAAUUUAACCACUUACUUCGUUCUAGACACACUCGAUCUUUUUCUCUCCUCGUAGUUUUUAGCUCUUCCGUUUGAAUCUCGUUCAGCGUUUCAUUUUAAAGGAACCUAAAUAUGCACAGCCUAAUUCAUAACGUAAAACCGCUUCUAAACAAUACUCUUGCUUCAGCGAAGACUUUGAAAAGCCGGACAGAAUGUUAUUAUUUAUAUUUCUAUGAUGAAACUGCUUAUUCUUACAAUUAAAGAAAAAAACUCUUCGUUUAAAAUCUUCCGGAGGAGAUAUUUAUUUCUUGAUAUAGAUAGAUGCCUCUAUCUAAUGGAAGUUCAUAAAUAACCCGUUUUAUAUGAACCGAGUUUCUUACUGAGACAAUCUUUUGGAAAGAAGAGUUGCCCCCAAAAGACUGCGGCGAAAGGGAUGAACUCGUGUUUCACCUACUCCCCUUACGACAGUUUGCACGUUGCUGACACCCGAUCCCUCCUUGCUCUUGGUUAUUAUUGUUCAAAAGCGAAAUAAAGUGGACAGAUGUCGCCAUGGAGCUCUCCAUAUACGGACGAUGUGAAAGUGAUUGGAUAAGGACAUUCUUACAGCUAUCGUUUUGUACUCCACUUCGACUACCUGUCUGUAGAGUUUUAACCAAGCAGAGGAUGAACUCUUGGUUUCAGUGUGGCCACAUUUCUGCAGUCAAAUUGCUGUAAAACUCCCCGUUUUUCUUUCUAUGGAUGGACUCCACUGACACCAAUCUGAGUUGAAAUCCCUGCCAUUUCCACUUUUGACUGAAACGAGAGAGAGACAUGUUAGAGGUCCUGCUGAAACGAGUGAAUGUGUUUGUAUAUAAGUGUGUGUACUGGCUCAAUCUUUGUGUAUAUACUGGAUACAUGUGUAUAUAUGGUAUGUCUAUGUGUAUAUACGGUUUGUUUGUAUAUGCAGAGUGUACAGCUAUUUUUUCCUCUAAUGUUUCUCUCUCUUUCUAUGACUAGGUCUUCUCAAGUUACCAAUAUUGAGGCAUGGAAAGGUUUUUACAUGUACUGACAGCUAUCAGAGGCACUUUCUGUGCAGACUUAGAAUAUCAGCAAGGUCUGUCACUUCUAGCUGCAUUCUUGAAGCUCUCAUACAAGAAGUAACUCACGUAAUAUUAAGCUUGCACUCAUUUUCUGACCAACUAAAAAAGCUUUUCUAAGUAGAUUUGGGUGACCAAGCAAUGUUUGUACAUAUAUAGACUUAGACCUUUUUUGCCCCCCAGAAACCUCCAUUUGCAUUUCUUUAAAAAAUUCUCAACCUGUUUUGAGUUCUUGCGUAUCUGGCGUUCACUUAUAUGUUUGCAGCGGUUGUCAUUCAGAGCUAUAUAUUUAUUCAGACAACCCUUAUAUAUUUCUUGAAAUUUUGUUCCCCAAAUUCUGCUUCUCAUGGAACCGUCUAACCUUUUUGUGCGGCUAGACUGGCGAACCCUUCCAUGAAAGUCUGCUGUCAUUACUCACCAUUGCUCGUUUUUGUAUAGGUCCUUACUAAAUAAGUGUGCCUCCUCCCCCUUAUACUCUUACUAACCUUAGAUCCGUUACCUCCGCUGAUCGCUCAUCUCCAUUACCCUUUGACAAGCCAUAGCCCCCACCCUCCCUGAAAGCUCCUCUAUUGUUGUUUUGACAGGACAGACAUUUGGGGAUUUUCUGUAUAUUAAUGGAAGAGUGGUGUUGAAGAGUGUAUUGCAGUUGUAUAUGGAUUUGUUAUGAAUGUGGAUAUUCUGAUCAUUGAAUUAUUAUUGUAAUAAUGAUAAUAAUUAUUGCCUCUUUGAUUUUGUUGAUUAAUUCCUUUGAUGCAGUUGAUGAAGAUGCCAUUGUUCCUUUUUUCCUUUCUCUCUCCUUUUUUUUUUUUUUUGGAAUACACCGGAAUUUAUAUUUUUCGGGUGGGUGAUUCUGGAGAUAGAAAUACGUAAAUAAAUUAAUAAAUAAACAAAUAAUUAAAUUCUUAA